AUGGCUUCCAAAAGAUACGCCUUCAUCCCCAUGGACGACCCAGCCGAAUCGCCCAGGGAGAAGAAAGAGAAGAAGAGCAAGAGGUCGUCCCGUCACCACCGCCGCCACCGCGAUGAGGACAGAUGGGCUGAUGAGUCGCCAGUCGAAGAAGAGGAUGAGGCUGAAGCCGCUGACUUUAAAGAGUCUGCAUCCAAACGCGUCAAAAUUAGCCAUGGCGACGACGAUGAUCACAAAGACGACGGCCGCCGUAACCGCGAUUCUGCAGAGCGUGAUAGGGAGGAGCGCGAUGCCCUUGACAAGCGGCUCCGAGAGAAGGAUCGGGGAGAUUCUCGCAGGAAGGUCGAGGCUUCGAAGAGCAGGUUGGACGAAUUACGGGAUGUCGAAGACCUGCGUAUCCGCUCGAGGCAGAGCUAUGUCGCAAAGAGAGAGACGGAGAAGAUCGCGCUCCUCAGGAAACAGGUGGCUGAUGAGCUCGAAGAGGAGCGGUCGAACCCACGUCUGACGGAGAAAGAAAGGCAGGAGUUCCGGAAGAAUCGGGAGCUGCUUCGUCUUGCUGAGGAGAGGCUACGCAUCGACGAUCACAGGGAGGGCUACUACAUGCCCGAGGAUUAUAUCACGCAAAAGGGGAAAAUCGACAGGAAGAAGAAAGAGGAGGCAUUAUACAAGCGGUACGUUGAAAGGGACGAGUAUGGGCAGGAAAAGUUUGUCACAGAACAUGAGGAAUGGGAGAGGGAACAGGCCCAAAAGGCCAAGGCCCAGAUCCUCAGGCCCGAGUUGGAGGACGAUGGCUCAUACGAGCAUCUAUUCGACGAGGACCAAUACGUGCAAUGGAUCCAGGCUGCCAAGCUGGACGGUGUCAACCCAGGCUUGACUCAGGAACAGGCAUAUCUCGCCGCUCAAAUCGACGCCGCAGAGAAAAAGCAGCUCUCCAUCCAAGAGACGAGGAAGACGCUCCCCAUAUACUCUUACCGAGACCAAUUUCUGGCUGCAUUGGAGGAGUAUCAGAUCCUUGUCGUGGUGGGAGAAACAGGCAGUGGAAAGACAACUCAGCUGCCUCAGUACCUUCUGGAGGGGGGCUUCGUGAAGGACGGUGCCAAAGUUGGUUGCACACAACCGCGAAGAGUGGCUGCAAUGAGUGUUGCUGCUCGUGUCGCCGAAGAAAUGGGAGUCAAACUAGGAAACGAAGUGGGCUACUCCAUCCGGUUCGAGAACAACGUCUCUGACAAGACGAUUCUUGAAUACAUGACGGAUGGUAUGUUGCUUCGACACUUUAUGACGGAUCCCAUGCUCAACGACUUUUCUGCGAUCAUGAUCGACGAGGCUCACGAGCGAAGUGUCAACACGGAUAUUCUCCUGGCCUUGCUAAAGGACCUGGCAAGAGAACGUCCAGACCUCAAAUUACUCAUCUCGUCGGCUACCAUGAACGCAGCCAAGUUCGCGAGCUAUUUUGACGACGCGCCAAUCUUCAACAUCCCCGGGCGAAGGUAUCCCGUCGACAUCUACUACACUCCCCAGCCAGAAAGCAAUUAUGUUGCAGCGAUGAUCUCAACCGUGUUCCAGAUUCAUACCACCCAAGGAAAGGGCGACAUAUUGGUGUUCCUUACCGGUCAAGAUGAGAUUGACACGGCCGAGCAGCAGAUCAGCGACAUCGCGAAGAAAUUGGGAAGCCGUAUCAAGGAGUUGAUCAUAUGUCCUAUCUAUGCCAACCUUCCGAGCGACCUCCAGGCCAAGAUCUUCGAGCCAACCCCUGACAACGCACGCAAGCUUGUGCUGGCUACGAACAUCGCGGAAACGUCCCUGACCAUCGACAACAUUGUCUAUGUUAUAGAUACCGGGUACGAGAAGCAGAAUUACUACAACCCUGCCACUCGCAUGUCGUCUUUGAACGUCGUACCAUGCUCCAGAGCAGCUGCGAACCAGAGAAGUGGACGUGCUGGCCGUGUAGGACCAGGCAAAUGUUUCCGCCUCUACACCAAAUUCUCAUACAUGAACGAAAUGGACGAGUCGCCGACACCUGAGAUCCAGCGCACCAACCUCAACAGCGUCGUCUUGCAACUCAAGUCCCUCGGUAUCGAGAAGCUCCUCGAUUUUGACUUCAUUGACCCGCCGCCCACAGAAGCCCUCAUCUCUGCUCUCGACAACCUCUAUGCCCUCCAAGCUCUCAAUCACAAGGGUGAAAUGACUCGCCUUGGUCGACAGAUGGCCGAGUUCCCAACCGCACCCGAAGUCGCCAAAGCUGUCAUAGCAGCCGACAAGGAGGGUGCAGUCGAGGAGGUCCUCAGCAUUGUCGCCAUGCUCGACGAGGCGUCGGCACUCUUUUUCCGACCCAAAGACAAGAAGAUUCAUGCGGAUUCUGCACGCAGAAGAUUUACAGUCAAGGAGGGCGGGGACCAUUUGACGUUGCUCAACAUCUGGAAUCAAUGGGUCGAGAGUGAUUUCAGUCCUAUCUGGUCGAGGGAGAACUUCUUGCAGCAAAGAAGCUUGACCCGUGCGCGGGAUGUCCGCGAUCAACUUGCCAAGCUGUGUGACCGUGUCGAGGUGCAGCUGUCCAGCUGCGGAGCCAACAAUCUCCGCGCGAUACAGCGCGCGCUCACGGCGGGCUUCUUCAGCAACGCAACACGCAUGGACAGGAGAGGCGAUGGGUACAGGACAAUGAAGAACAACUCAACUGUCUGGGUCCACCCGAGCAGUGUGCUCAAGGAGCUGCACCCACCACCCAAGACGGUCAUCUACCACGACCUGGUUCAGACUAGCAAGGAGUACAUGAGAAGUUGCCUACCGAUCGAGGUGGGCUGGUUGAGAGAGCUGGCGCCUCAUUUCUACAAGAAGCACGAGAUUGAUGCGAUAGAAGAUAAGAAGAUGCCCAAAGCGAGGAAGUAG